CCAGUCAGUUAGGUAGAGUUACCGUCAAACCUCAUCUUAAUUCCCAUUCCUUUUGAUGAUAUAAAAAUUUGAUCUCAUGACACACUUUAAAUAAAAGGAUCCUAGGUUGUCAUCAUAGUGAACAUAAUCACUUGAGAUUAGUCGAGAUCAAUUGUCUAAUAAUUUUUGUCAUCUUUUUUCAAGAUACAAGUAAUCAUUGUACACAAUACUCAGUGCUUGACACAAGUUUUUUUUAAUCAUUGGGGUAAGUAUCACUAAGUUCUUUUGACCUCUUGCCAACGACUUUAUAUGGUAAGCAAAGUUUCUCCACAUUUCUUGAGAUAACUCAAAAACAUGCAUAUUAACAUUUAACAUUUCUUAAGAGUUUAGAAAGUUAAUCUACAACUCCUUUAGAUUUAAAUGAAUAAAAAAACAAUUUCAAAAAUCGUUACAAUUUUCUUUAAAAUGUGUUUCAUUCUUAGAAAUUUACAUAUUUCAUACAACUAUUUUCAUAAUUCUCUCAAGUUGAUUUAUAAAUCCAGAAUAUAUAUGAUUUGAAUUUUUCCAAAAACAUAUUUUUGCUUUUUAGCAAAUAUACAUAUCAUUACAAGAUAUUAUUUGUACCAUCAAUACACAUGUCAGUUUAAAUCAUAUUGGUCUUAGAAUUCUCAUUGUUUUUGCAUAGUCAAUCUUUUUUUCAAAUUUCAUUUAAGCAUUGACGAAAUAUAAAGGUUUUGAUCAGUGUCAACAAACAUUUUAUUUCCUACCGCAAACAGCUUUAUAUGUGGUAGACCUCUCCCAAACUUAAUUUGGGGCGUCGACUCACAAAAUCCAUUUCCAUCCAUGCUAUUUGAUCUCUUAAAGAUCAAAAGUAUUGUCUAUAACAUUAAAAUAUUUCACCAUUAAAACUAAAAUCUUCUUUCUUUUCUCAUGAUCAUGUACUUAAUAAUGAAAUUAAGUUGUUCCAAAAUAAUCAUAAUCCAAAAUAAGAUGUGCUGAUUUUUCAUCAUCAUGAAUUCUCAAAUUCCCUGCAUUUUCCAGUUUGAUUGUUAGAAUGAUGAACACAUCUUGAAUUUUCCGGUUCCAAGAAUUCUCUAAUUCAUGUUUCCAUAACCUGUUCUUAAAAACAACUUUUAACAAAUAUCAGUAUUGUUAGUGCAAAAGCAUAAACAAUAUUUAAAGAUUUAAGAGUGUAGAAACCUUAUUUUACUACAUUGGGGAUACCUGAUAUUUAUAAAAAUAAUAAGAACAAAAAUUAUAAUUAUAAUACUGAAAUAAACGAAUAAAGAAGAAUUGCAUAGUCGAAAGGGUUAAUCUUUUUCCUUAAAUCUUUAAAUGUCUGUAGUGUGACAGUUUCAUAGCACUCAGAUUCCCAUGAUACAACUACAUAUGUUUCUGUUUCUCAUCAUCGAAAAACAGAAUCUGUCGAACCUAACUUUGUGUUGUACUCUCAGACACAAAAAAAAAAAAAAUACUAACAUGACCAUUCAAAGUAGAAGAAUGUAACUUUUCUUUUGGUGUUGAUGUGUGCAUUUUCUAUAAUGCUAACAUGUCCUUUUAUAGAAAAAUAAUGAGAAGCACAAGUUUCAUUUUUCAACCAAGAAAUGAAACUUCCAUGAUGCACUAAUGAAGUCUUUAAUUCUUGUCAAUUAUUAUGUGAAUUUAUUCCACAUUUUGACUAAGAAAUUAAAAAGUAAAAUUAUUAUUGUUUGACCAAUUUAAACUAAAUAAUAUACUUUAAAAUGAAUUUCUUUUUUAUAUUUUAUCAACAUAAAAGAUUAACAUAUAUUUGGUUUAUAAGAUUAAGUUAAUAAACACAAAAUCCAACUAACAAAUCAAAAAACCCAAAUCCAAGUUCAAAUAUCCAAUGUGUGUAUUUACUACUUUAUACAAGUUUCUCAAAUCACACACAUUAGACCUCCAUUUCUCAUUCAAAUAAAAUUUCAUUUUUGACAUAUGAAUACACUAUUCAUAAUGUUCAAAAAAUAGUUCUAACAUAAGUAAAUCAGGAAGUGAUAUGGCAGUUUCAAGACUGAUAUUGUUGGCUUUGGUCAAAUUCCAGUCUAAAUAAGGGUUUGAAUAAACCAAUUUAGUUGGAUGAUUCAAGUGGAGGUGAUGUCAGGACCAUCAUAGCUGUCAUCUCCGGUUAUGUUCCUUGUUGUUAUUCAAGAACUUGUGAUAUAUAGCUACAGAGCUUAAGAAAGUGAUUGAGCAGAUUCGUGAAACUCCACUUCAAGCUGGUUAUAAUCUAGUUUUCUUCAGUUAUAUUCUUUCCAAGUUACAGAGAGUCUGACAACAUAUCUAAGCUCCUAUCUUUAACUUCAGGGUUAGAGUUAUUUAACUUUUUCAUUGUGGUCACUGGUCAGUUCUGCUUCUCUAUACAGAACCUCGAACAAAGGUGUCCAUCAAGCUAUAAGCAAAAUUCAACAAAAAAACAAAAGGAUUGUGUUAAACAUGCGACGACACAAUCCGAGACUCUUGUGGGGCAUAGUUGGAAACACAAGGAACAUGAAUAAGAUCUUGACGCACGUGUCAUAAAAUUUUGUUUGCUUUCCCGCUUUCUCUGGCUAAAUCAUUCAACAGCUCUGAAUCUCUCAUAUUUUUUUUCUACUUGUACUUGCAUGGCCACCGCGUACUGUUUCCCUAACCAGACAAGCAGGAGGAGCAUCUGCUCUGAAUUCGCUAAGAUGGUUUGGAUUCAGUAGCUUGAUCAAUGUGAUCUGCAAUUCGUUCUUGAUAAUUCCGUUAAUCCUACUUCCUUCUUUGUUCACUAUGUUGUUCUUGUGAUCAAACCACAAGUCAAGCUGCCUAGCCUUAGCACAGAGAAUCCAUCUAAGGUACAUAAAUAAAUUGAUAAACUAAGAAAAUUCAGAAAAGAAGCAAGGAAUUAGAUCGAGAAAACAUGACGUGCUCGGUUGCUCAGUGAAGCUACUUAAUGUCCUGGUAUUUGUGUACGUGAAAUUUUAACCACAAAUCAUUUUCAGAUAAUUCCGAAUAUUUUCUGAGAUGUUUUAUUUGGUGAAAAGUAUUUGAUAGAAUUUUUAUAAAUAAUAAAUCUAAUAGGCAAGGAUUUAAGAUAAUAAGAUAAUUUUAUCAAAAUAUGAGAUUUUGAGCAAAAUUUGGGAUUUUGAGAAAAAUAUCAAAAUUUUCUUAUUUCUUUAACAAAAAAAUAAGAUAAUAUUUAUAAAUACUAACUGAAAUCCAACCAAAUCACGAUCAUAAAAUCAUAUGAGUAAAAAAUUUCAUCUAAUAAAUAAUUAUAUUAAAUAUCAAAAAAUGACUGUUUAUAUUUAUUUAAUAUAGAUGAUUAUAAAUAAAUAACAAUAAUUGUUUUGAAUUACAUUUCAGCGCUAAUAUAAUUAUAUACGUAACAUAUAAAAACGCAAAUAACAUCGACUGGAAAUUGCUGUCACUGAUCACUACACUUGAUCAGUCACGCAACAACAUGUAAUGAACAACAUUUUAAUCGAUGCUGCUGGUCGCUACUAGGGACUACUGGCAAGUGAAAAGAACCUUAGUAGAUGGACCUUCAGUUUCAUAGGCCUUAGACCAUCUGCAAUGGGGGUCCGUUAAGGAUCCUUAGCUCCACAUCCAAUGUUUAUCAGAUUAAAAAACUAUUAUUUGAGCAACAUAAUACAAGGAUUGAUCCGUAAAUAAGGAAUUUAAGGAUCGAAUCCUUGUUUACGUGGCGGCUUGACUCUCUCAUUGAUUUCUGUCCAUCUCCUUCUUCGUUUCCUUUCCUUUGAUUUUAUGCUAGAUUUGUAGCUCUCUAAUUGAUUUCUAUGUGGAUCGAGCCAUGUGGAGCCAUGUCUUUCCUUUCCGCUGCCCCUGAAGAUGGCAGCCAUGUCUUUCCUUUCGGCUUCAUCUGAAGAUGGCAGCCAUGUCUUUCUUUUCCGCUGCCCCUUCGAGCUCCUUCCAUGGUGGUGGUCUUCCUGUGGGUAGGAGCGAUCCCUGCCUCUUCGGUUUCUACCCUCAAACUGGAAAUUCACAGAGACCCUCUCUUUCCAUCAGGUGCCAAUCAACUAAUACCAAAGAGCCAAAGCGUAGUUGUAAUAUUCUGGACAAUGCGAGCAACCUUUUUAGAAACCUGUUAAGCGGUGGAAGUUUGGGUUCAAUUCCCACUGCUGAAGGAGCUGUCUCUGAUUUGUUUGGGAAGCCUCUCUUCUUAUCCCUCUACGACUGGUUCAUGGAGCAUGGAGGAGUUUACAAACUUGCGUUUGGUCCAAAGGCAUUUGUUGUCAUCUCUGAUCCUAUUGUUGCGGCAUGUCCUUAGAGAGAACGCGUUUUCCUAUGACAAGGUAAUGGAGUCAGCCAGUGUCUUUGUUUUGUUUUUUUUUGGUACCACCAUCAAGUAACUUUUCUUUGUGUUUUUCGUUAGGGAGUUCAUGCUGAGAUCUUAGAGCCCGUCAUGGGAAAAGGGUUGAUACAUGCUGACCUUGAUACCUGGAAGUUAAGAAGAAGAGGUAAGUAAAGCUGUUUUUGUUAUUCUCUCUAUGUUUAUGGCCAUUGAUGAUGAUCUGUGUUGCAGCUAUAACUCCUGCGUUCCAUGCAUUGUAUUUGGAGGCCAUGGUCAAAGUAUUCAGCAACUGUUCUGAGAAAAUGAUACUGAAAUUGAAAUUGAAAAACUUAUAGUUUUUAAACUUAUACAUUUUUAAACUUCUCUUUUCUGGUAUAUUUAUUUUUAAUCAUGUAAUUAAUAAAAUUUCAAUUUCAAUUUAAAAAAAAAUUAUUUUUUAUUUCUAAGAACUCUUAAUUGGAAAUCACCAUUGGACACAUUUAUUUUGACUAGAGUCCUUAACUAUUCAAACAAAAAAAACACAAAAACAAAAUUAAUAUAAUAAUGAUAAGGACUCCAAGAAGGAGUCCACCAUUGCGGAUGCUCUUAGAGCACCUCCAAUGAGGAGUUCUACCUAGGCAUGGGCAUUCGGGUCCCAAUCAGAUUUUGGUUUUAUCCAUUCGGGUUUUGGUUUUUCGGGUUUAUUAAAAUCAGCCACAUUCGGAUUAUAUAAAAGUUUGGUUCGGGACCGGUUCAGGUUCUAUCGGGUUCGGGUCGGAGUUAGUAAAUCUUCGAAGAACCGAUAUAACUCAGUGUAGUUUCGGGUUCGGAUCGCAAUCGGUUCUUCGGAUUAAAGAUACCUGAUUUGUACCUAUCUUGUAACUAAAACAUAAAUGAAAUCGAUUCUUCGGAUUUAAAAUA